CGUCACGCGGGGGGCGGGGCCGGCGGCGGGGAGGCCACGCGGCGGCGGGGCGCGGCGGCAGAGCGGCAGCGCGAGCGGCGGAGCAGCGCGGCGACGAUGUCCGUGAGCAGCCACGAGAACCGGAAAUCGCGCUCGAGCUCGGGCUCCAUGAACAUCCAGCUCUUCCACAAGCCGGGCCACGCCGACAGCCUCCUCACCCAGCUGGACCUGCUGCGCCGGCGGCGCCUCUUCACCGACGUGGUGCUGCGGGCCGGCAGCCGGGCCUUCCCCUGCCACCGCGCCGUGCUGGCCGCCUGCAGCCGCUACUUCGACGCCAUGUUCAGUGGGGGCCUGAAGGAGAGCCGGGACGCCGAGGUGAACUUCCACGACUCCCUGCACCCCGAGGUGCUGGAGCUGCUGCUGGACUACGCCUACUCGGCCCGGGUGCUGAUUAACGAGGAGAACGCCGAGUCCUUGCUGGAGGCCGGAGAUAUGUUGCAGUUCCAGGACGUUCGGGAUGCUUCGGCCGACUUCCUGGAGAAGAACCUCUGCCCUGGCAACUGCCUCAACAUGCUGCUGCUGUCCGAUGCCCACUGCUGUGAAAGGCUGCUGGAGCUCUCCUGGCGAAUGGCACUAGCCAACUUCACCUCCCUCUGCAAGACCGAAGACUUCCUCCGGCUGCCCAAGGACAAGCUGCUCGAGCUGGUGGAAAGCGAAGAGCUGGAGGUAGAGGACGAGACCCUGGUCUAUGAAGCUGUUAUAGGCUGGAUCCGGUACGAUUUGCCCCAACGACAUGAAGAUCUGCCGGAGCUGCUGCGCUCUGUCCGCCUGGCCCUCCUGCCCGAGUCCUACCUGCGGAAGCAAGUGGCCUGCGAGAAGCUGGUGACCAGCCACAAGCUGGGGGAGGAGAUCGUGGCUGACGCGGUGCGGUGCAAAAUGAAGAUCCUGCAGAACGACGGGCUCGUGACGGGAUGCUGCGCCCGGCCCCGGAAGGUCAGCCAGGCCCUGCUGCUGCUCGGGGGCCAGACGUUCAUGUGCGACAAGAUUUACGUGCUGGACCACAAAACCAGCGAGAUCAUUCCUCGUGCUGACAUCCCAAGCCCUCGCAAAGAGUGCAGCGCCUGCGCAAUCGGGUGCAAGGUGUACAUCACGGGUGGCAAAGGCUCCGAGAACGGGGCCUCCAAAGACGUCUGGGUUUAUGACACCCUCCACGACGAGUGGGCAAAAGCUGCUCCAAUGCUGGUGGCACGGUUUGGCCACGGCUCUGCCGAACUGGACCACUGUCUCUACGUGGUCGGGGGGCACACGGCAGUGAGCGGGGCCUUCCCGGCCUCCCCCUCCGUCUCUCUCAAGCAAGUCGAACACUAUGACCCGCAGCUGGACAAGUGGUCCUUGGUGGCCCCUCUCCGAGAGGGCGUCAGCAACGCUGCCGUGGUGGGAGCCCAGAUGAAGCUGUUUGUGUUCGGUGGCACCAGCGCCAACCAGGAGAAGCUGCCCAAGGUGCAGUGCUUUGACCCCUGCCAGAACCGCUGGACGGUGGCUGCCAGCUGCCCCCAGCCCUGGCGCUACACGGCUGCCGCCGUGGUGGGCAGCCACGUCGUCGUGAUCGGGGGCGACACGGAGUUCUCCGCUAGCUCCGCUUACCGUUUCCACAGCGACAGCUACCAGUGGUCCAAGUUUGGGGACGUGACUGCCAAGCGCAUCAGCUGCCGCGCUGUUACGUCAGGCAACAGACUGUACGUGGUGGGGGGCUACUGCGGGGCUCAGCGCUGCAAAACACUGGACUGCUACGACCCAUCAUCCGAGACCUGGAGCAGCGUCACGACGGUGCCUUAUUCCCUCAUCCCCACGGCCUUCGUCAGCACCUGGAAGUACCUGUCUGCCUGAGCCACGGCAUCGCGGUCAACGUACCCGGCAGGUUUCACCUCUGAUUUUGCUAGUGUCUUGCUUCACCAAGGAUCCGGACAGAAGACAUGGGCAGUGGGAGUGCCUCCCUUCUACCUAGCAGGUCUGUGAACUCCCAAGUCUGGACGCUGCAUGGAUUUAUCAGCCUCAGAAGGGCUCAAGGCAACACAGCUUUGGCUUUGAACCGCUUUGGAAUGGGGUGGGGGGGAGCUUGGAGAGACCCCCUUGGACUGGCAGCAUGUGCUGGCCCUUGAGAUGGCAAGAGGUUUCCAAGUUUUCUCCUAACGCAUGUGAUCUCAGAGCGGGAGCCAGAGGAAUACUUUUUAGUUCUUUCAUUUAAUAUUUUGCUUUGAAUUAUAUUUACUAGAAAGAACAAAGGAAGCUCCUAACUGGCAGCAGGCUCUGGGCUGCGCUGCUGUCUGCGUGUUUGACUUGGAAUGCAGUCAGCACCAGAGGCAGUUGCCUGAAACGUCUUAACACUUGACAGUUACUUGCUCAUCGGCUGGUUCUGUGUAUUUUUUAUACAGCAGUUGUGUGUGUUUAUUAUUCAGCCUGGAGCUGCUUCAAUAAAUCUGAAUAAAAUCUA